UGCGUAAAUAAGGUACACUUACAAGCAGCGCAGCGCUUACAGCAACAACGUGCACGUUGCUUGUUGCUUUCUUUGGCUAGCGAUCGCGAUCGCCGCCCAUGGCUGAAACAAGGGCCCCUGCGGAAGGGGAGCGCACGGCGGCGUUUGAGGCGAUGCUCAAGGCGCGGGAUCACGUGGGCACGACGCUGGCCAUGGCUGCGGGCGGCGGAAACCUGGAGGCUGUCAAGUACCUUGUGGAGGUUGCGGGCGUGGACCCCAACGCCACCAAGAAGAAGGGCGGCAACAGCGCCCUGCACGCGUCCCUGGCCCAGAACCGCGUCGAGGUGGCCGAGUACCUCAUUGGGAAGGGCGUGGACGUGAAUGCGCGCAACAUGCGCGGCCAAACGCCGCUCAUGCUUGCCGUCUCCUGUUGCCACGGCCUGCGGCCCGUGGAGCUGCUCCUCGCAGCCGGCGCGCGCGCAUCCACCAAGAGCUGGCGGUACAAGCAAGACUCCCUGGAGAUUGCGCGCAUCAAGGGCUUCAAGUCCGCCGUACCGCUGCUGGAGAAGGCCAUCGAAGCAGAGGCGGCCAGCGCUCGCGAUAGCAAGGAAGGCGAGCAAGAGACGCUACCGCGCGGCCGGACAAAGUGCCCAAUCUGCGGUGAGCUCAUCCGCGCCAAGCCACGCAUCAACUUUCUCAUCAGCAACCAUGAGAGGGAGGUCGAAAAGGCAACGCAAGCCAGCAACGCAGAGAGCUCAGAGCAGGCGCAGCAGCAACAGGAUCAAGUGCAAGAUCAAGAGCAGGACCACCAGCAACAGCAGCAGCAGCAAGAUCAAGGGGAUGCACGUGCCCAAGUUGAAACCCCAACUGCAGACGACGCCACAACCGACCUUGCCGCGAAGCAACUUGAGGCAGCAGCCUUGACAAGCAAGGCAGAGACGCCAGAGGAACCCAACCGAUACGUUGGCGAGUUCUUGCAGUCCAAGGCUUUUGCUGCGCUGAAGAGCAACCCGAAGUACCACACACUGGCAGACAAGCACCACCUGCGCAAGGAGGUCACGGAGACGUGGGCCAUCCUCGAGGCCGUGCGCGCCCAGUGUACACGCCUGGACAUCGACAUUGACACCAUCACGCUGGUGGACCUGUGCUCUGGCAAGUCGCUCACAUCUGCCCUGUUUGGGCUGGAGCACCCGCGCAGCCGCGUCAUUGCCGUUGAUCGCAUGCCAGCCAACAUUGUGCCCCACUUUGAUGAGAACGUGUCCUACAUCCAGGCCGAUAUCAUGCGGCCGGAGUUUGCGCAGCUGCUCGCAGAUCGCAUUCAACAGUGCAACACCAACCCUCGUGAUAGCGCUGAUGCUGGCAGCGAUGUCGGUCAUCCUGAUGCUGGUGAUGGUGACAGCAGUGAUGGUGCGCCCCAGCGUGAGUCCACGCCGCGUCCAGCCAUCCUGGUGGGCAUGCAUCUGUGCGGCGUGUUGUCGCUUCGUGCGAUUGAGCUCUUCAAGGCAAUUCCCGCGUUCCGCGGCAUUGUGCUCUCGCCUUGCUGCUUCCCCACCCGCCGCUCUGGCGUCAUGACCGUGCGUGACAGCGGAUUCACAGAUGAGCUGGACAAGUAUGAGUUUUGGACGCGCCACCUGCACACGGCGGUCGCCGCCUCUGCUGCUUCCUGUGACACGUUCAAGAACCCGCUCAUCUUCUCGAACAGGAACAACAUCAUUUCGGCCACCAGAUAGCACGCGGUGGUGCCUGUGUCUGUUGUGUGUGUCUGUGUGUCUGUGUGCCUGUGUCUGUUGUGUGUCUGUGUGUGUGCAUGUGUGUCUGAGUGUGUGUCUGUCUGUGUGUCUGUCUGUGUUUGUGCAUGUGUCUGCGUCUGCGUCUGUGUGUCGAUUGAUUUUGUGAAUCGUUGUGACUGCCUCUCGCUUCGCUCUGUUUGUUCUUGUUUGCCCGCUUGCUCCUGACACAUGAUGAUCUGCUUCAAUUGAACAACCGCUAAGGCAAGCAGUG